CCUGGACACACCUUUGCAUUUUCGUAUGAAUCAAUACCAAAAGCAGAUUCAAAUAUUACUGUAAAAUUGCCAAUAAAUUAAACUGAAUCAAAAAUCAAUUUAUUUCUUUAACUUACAAUUAAAUAAAUCAUAAACAGUUGAUUGUGGAAUUUGACUUUUGGUUCCACCAAUUAGAAAAAAUAAACAAAUCAAAAACACCCGCAUCGAAAACAUUUUCAUUUUGAUGUAUUCGAAUUUUCAGAUAAAAAAAUUUAUUUUCAAAUUUUGCACAACACAGAUCACACAGAAAACUCUCUAUUUGAUCAUCACCAAUAGAAUGUUUUCAUCUCACUGAAUGAUAACUUAGACAAUUGAAUAAACUAUAUUUGAGUUGAAACGUUGUGUGGAGUCUUGCUUAAUUUACCGCUAUUCGGAAUCGUUGAUUUGCAUUUUUAUCAUUUACAUUUUGCCCAUUUUGUAUUAUAAUAUUUUUCUUAUACGCACACAUCUUUUGGACGGAUCGACGAUGAAAUGAGCACAAAAUCCACGCGUAUAAAUCCAUAAAUGAAUAAAUAAAGGGUGGUAAUGAAACCGGUUAGUUGAAAAAGAAAAUGUAUUCGCGUAAAGGAAAUCAAUUCAAUUAAAAAAAAAAAAAUAUUUUGGCAAAAUGGGCGGAUCGUCGUCGAUAAGGUCCGUAGUUUGGGAUCCAUUGAAUCGACGUCAUUUUUUCAAUUAUUUUAUAACAAUUCUUAUAAUAAUAAAAAUAAUCAACUGUUGCGAUGCUUACUUCUAUUCGGAGAAAAAACCCGCAACGGGUGACGACAGAAACUGUUUUUGUGAGCUCAAGGGUUCUAUAGAUGAUUGUAGCUGUACUAUAGACACGGUUGAUUUCUUCAAUAAUAAUAAAAUUUAUCCGCGAUUAAAGAGUUUACUGGUUCGCGACUAUUUUCGGUUUUACAAAGUAAACCUGAAGAAAGAUUGCCCAUUUUGGACGGACGAUAGUCGAUGUGCAAUGCGAUCAUGUCAUGUUAGCACUUGUUCGGAAACCGACGUUCCCGAAGGUUUGAAAGGACAUCACCAACAAGAAACGUUCGUUUUUAAGUACCUGCCGGAAAGUCAGCAUAUCGAUGAUUGCAUGCGUGAUCAUAAUUUGGAGCUGAGCUAUUUGAAUAAAACAUUAACACAAGAAGCGAUGCAUGGUUUCGAGAUAUGGGCGGAUUUCGAUGAAAGCCAAGAUAAUUUCUGUAUACUGGACGAUCAUGAAAAUGGCGCCGAAUACGUCGAUUUGCUAUUGAAUCCCGAAAGAUUUACGGGAUAUCGUGGAGAAUCGGCCCAUCGUAUAUGGGACAGCAUCUAUUUGGAGAAUUGCUUUGAUCGAACAUCAACAAAUGCCCUUUUAACACAUAUCAACAAGGUGCCAAAACAUUUGAAAAAUUUAUGCAUGGAACAACGAGCUUUCUAUCGAUUAUUGUCCGGCAUGCAUUCGAGCAUCAAUAUACAUUUGUGUUCUUAUUACCUGUUGUCGGAAGGAACAGGUUUAUUAUCUGAUCCGCAAGGCGUUUGGGGCAAAAAUACGGAAGAGUUUAUGAAUCGAUUUAGUCCGGAAACUACGAAAGGCGAAGGACCGAGUUGGUUGAAAAAUCUCUAUUUCGUUUACAUGCUGGAAUUGCGUGCACUUGCAAAAGCCGCCCCAUUCUUACGAAAGGAACAAUUUUUCACUGGCAACAAGGAUGAAGACGAAUCGGUCCAAGCGGCCGUCAAGGAUAUUUUGAACAUCAUCGAAGCAUUUCCAUCACAUUUCAACGAGAGCCUGAUGUUCAAUGGCACUACUUCAGCUCAAUUGAAAGCCGAUUUCCGUGAAAAAUUCCGUAAUAUCUCCAAAAUUAUGGACUGUGUUGGAUGCGAUAAAUGCAAACUUUGGGGUAAACUACAGAUACAAGGAUUGGGCACAGCUUUGAAGAUUCUCUACUCAGGAAAAUUUGAAAUUGAAAUCGAUGUUCCACAACAACAGCCAAAAAGUAUGAAAGAAACACUGCGGCAAAAAUUCAAACUUAAACGAAGCGAAAUUGUGGCAUUAUUUAAUGCAUUUGGAAGAUUGUCGAACUCGAUAAAUUUGUUAGAAGAGUUUCGGAAGGUGACGAGGUAGCAUUGAAUUGAAAAUUAGGCGAAGUUAAUAAAUUUUGUCAAUGAGCGCACAAAGAUUUAACUUCACUUUGAUUGAAAAUACCGAUUUAUUGACCCAAUUCACAAUAGUACUGAAUUUGCUCAAACCAUCUCACAAAAUAGUUCCCAUCACCGUCCAAUUCUUUUUGUUGGGCCAAAACACACAUUUCAACAAAUGAAGUGCAAAUACAAUAAGCUAGUAGUAUUUAUUGC